ACGCGCAGACCGUUGAACCUGCUUUUACCAGUUUCAACUUACAACGGUACAAUCCCGCUCUCUGAUCUCUUUCUUCUUCUUUUUCUUCUUCUUUCUUGUAAAGUUCGCGAUGGGUACUGAAAAACGCUCCCAACAAGAUAAAUUAUUUGACGGCCUGGUAAAACUGAUCAAGAAUCAGCAAGAACAGCUUAAAACUCUCGUCGACGAGAGGAAAAUCCUCGAAGAUUGUAUUAGAAUAAAACAUGAACGAUGGGUCUCCGACGUUCGUCUCUACGAAGAUCAUCUUUCCCAGAUAAAAGACAGUUUGAUAGAGAAAGACAUGGCUUGCUUGGUUGAGGCUGCAAAAUCUGAUAUGAUGAUUGGAUUAAAGGGCAGAGAGGCUUUUCUUUACAAACUGAAAUUCGAACAAACAGAAGAUGAAUUGGCAGAUUUCAGAGCAUGUUUUGACUACCUCUCUCGUACCCUUGAAAAGAACACCAAGGAAACUGACAAUGGAAAGGAAGGAAGUGGACGUGAUGGUAUAAAAUCUUCUGGCUCAAAAAAGUUGGAUGCUGAAGUGAAAAGGCUAAAGCUUGAAUAUGAGAAGCUUGCUUCUGAAAAGCAGUCUGAGAUAUCUGCACUAUUGAAAGAGAAAAGUUUUGUAUGGAAUCAGUAUAAUGUUUUAGAGAGCAAUCUCACUGAGAAAUUGAAGAGUAAGCAAGCUGAGGUUGACCAGAAAAAUGAGAAGAUUGCAACAGUUCUUUCCAGUGUGGAGCUGCUUCAGUCCUCUAACAAUGAGAAGGAUGAAAUGAUUGCAAGGCUGAAAGCUAAAUUGGCGGAGGUAGAGGCUGACAGAAAUAAAUGGAAGGAAGAAAUUUUAACACUCUCCCAGGAGUUGGAAACAUUGAGAAAGUCCAGAAGUGCUCAAGUUACUCCUGCAUCAAGAAAUGGCAAUACAGGAGCUAAAGAUUAUAUCUGUAUAGUCAAAGCCAGGGGCAGAAAAGGAAGCAAUAUUGUUGUGAAAAAAGAAUUGUCUCCUGGAAAAGCUGUUGUUCCCUCAAAGGAUGACGCAAAGGGUAGCAGGAGUUUGAAGAGAAAAGAGGUUGAUGUUAUUCCCACUUUAGGGACUCCAAAAUUGUUCACCAGUGCCUUUAAAGUUCCCAAAUUGAAGACCCCCUCUACUCUCAGAUGACCCACAACACCCCGAUUAAACCUCUCAAUUAAAACGGGAUAGCUUCUUCCAAGUGUAAUUGUUUAUUGAGUGUACUUCUCGACUCUGUAUGCAUCGCUUUCCUGCAAUUGUUGUAAAGUAUUAUUUUAUUUAAUAUUAUUAGGCAGCGUAAUCUGUGGUUUAUGGAAAUUUUCGUUGUAUAGAGUUCCUUCUUGUGUGUGAAGAAUUUCUUGCUAAGAUUGAAGGGCUGUCCUCUCGACUGCUUGCCCAUCCCUGACCCUAAGCAGGGGACUUGUGUUUGUGGAUUAGUUGUUGCUAUUGCAGCUUUUAUAGCUUUGUUAUCUUCAAGUUUGACAUUAGUAGACAUUUUAGCAUGUUAGUAGAUUGUUCCAGAUUACUUGAGCAA